ACAAAAGGCACAGGACUAAGAAGAGCUGCGCUCAAUAGCAACAGCUCAACUGAACAGACAGGGAGGGAAACUGCCGAUAGAUACCCACGGUAACAAACUGGCCAGACAGGUUUGUCUCACACGCUACUCCUCCCACAUACAUACACUCUGCUAUACAGAGAGGAAGAGGAAGUGAGAGGCAGUUGGUUUAGUUGGUGUGGGUUAAGUUGAACUCUCAGGUGGGGAGAAAGACAAGAGUUGUAAAGGAGAGACGAGAGGACCGGAAACCGACCGCAGAGAGGACAGUGAAGAUGGCUGAGGAGGAGUCCCACUAUGGCAAGCAUGGUGAACCCAGGAAGUAUGACCCCACCUUCAAAGGACCAAUCCACAACAGGGGCUGCACAGACAUUGUUUGCUGCAUCCUCUUUAUUGUGGCCAUCCUGGGCUACUUUGCCGUUGGCAUUCUGGCCUGGUCCCAGGGCGAUCCCCGCAAGGUGAUCUACCCCACUGACAGCAGAGGCCAGUUCUGUGGACAGGCUGGCACGCCACUGGCGAAGAAGACCAAGCUGUUCUACUUUAACAUCAUGAAGUGUGCCAACCCCAUGGUGUUGUUGGAGUUCCAGUGCCCUACCACUCAGCUGUGUGUAGAGAAAUGUCCAAAGCAAUUCAUGACCUUGUUGAAAGCACAUGCUGUAAGCAAAGACUGGGAUUACUACAAAGAUUUCUGUAAGGAAGGUGCAACUAAAGCAAAGCCUGUACAGGAGAUUCUAAAGGAGGGCCUGUGUCCUGCCAUGCUUCUGCCAAGCAAAUCCUUCACCCGCAGGUGCUUCCCUGCCCUCAGCAGGAAGGGCCAGGACGUGCUCGUGGGCAACCAGUCGCAGUUUGAUGAUGGGAGUGGCCUAAGACCCGCCAAAGACCUGCUCGAUGGAGUGAAAAAUGCCUCUGUGGUUAUUGAAGCACGACAAGUAGCCAUGAAGAUCUUUGAAGACUACACACAGUCAUGGUACUGGAUCCUAAUAGCACUAGUGCUGGCCAUGGUCAUCAGUCUCAUCUUCAUUGUCCUGCUGCGCUUCCUAGCUGGCAUCAUGGUGUGGGUCAUGAUCGUCUUGGUCAUCUUGGUGAUCGGAUAUGGUAUCUUCCACUGCUACAUGGAGUAUGCCCACCUGAAGGAUGAGCCGGGGGCGGACAUCACGCUCCAAGAGCUGGGCCUCCAGAUGGACGUCUCCAUCUACCUGCAGAUCAGACAGACAUGGCUGGCUUUCAUGAUCAUCUUGGCCAUCCUGGAGGUCAUCAUCAUCCUCCUCCUCAUCUUCCUCCGAAAGAGGAUCCUUAUUGCCAUCGCUCUCAUCAAGGAGGCCAGCAGGGCCAUCGGUCACAUGAUGUCCUCUCUGUUUUACCCCCUGGUGACCUUUCUGCUGCUGGCCAUAGUCAUCGCCUACUGGGCAGUCACAGCCGUGUUCCUGUCCACUUCCAAUGAACCCAUUUAUAAAGUCUUCAAUGAGACAGAGUGUGAGUUCGGGAGACAGACAUGUAACCCUGAGAACUUCAGCACAUCUGAUAUGAAGACCAAGUGCCCCGACUCUGAGUGCCUGUUUGCCUUCUACGGCGGGGAGACGGUUUACCACAAGUACCUCAUUGGCCUGCAGUUCUACAACGUCUUCCUGUUUUUCUGGUGUGCUAACUUUGUGACUGCGCUGGGGCAGAUGACUCUGGCAGGGGCGUUUGCCUCCUACUACUGGGCCUUCGUCAAGCCGGACGACAUGCCCACCUGUCCCAUCUUCUCCUCCCUCGGCAGGGCACUCAGAUAUCACACAGGCUCCCUGGCCUUUGGCUCUCUGAUCCUCUCCAUAAUCCAGGUGAUCAGAGUGCUGCUGGAGUAUCUGGAUCACAAGCUCAAAGGAGCCCAAAACAAAUGUACAAAGUUCCUAUUGUGCUGUCUCAAGUGCUGCUUCUGGUGCCUGGAGAAAUUCAUCAAAUUCAUCAACAGGAAUGCAUAUAUCAUGGUAGCCAUAUAUGGCAAAAACUUUUGCACUUCGGCCAGAGAUGCCUUCUUCCUUCUAAUGAGAAAUAUCAUAAGGGUUACGGUCUUGGACAAAGUGACUGACUUCCUGUUGUUUUUGGGAAAGCUUCUCAUUGUAGGACUAGUAGGGGUCUUUGCCUUCUUUUUCUUCUCUGGAAGAGUGAAGGCUUUCGAGGACACAGCACCCACUCUCAACUACUACUGGGUUCCUAUCCUGACGGUUGUUGUUGGCUCUUACCUCAUAGCCCAUGGCUUCUUCAGCGUCUAUGCCAUGUGUGUGGACACACUUUUCCUCUGCUUCUGUGAUGAUCUGGAGAGGAAUGAUGGCUCUGCAGCAAGGCCCUACUACAUGUCAGCAGAGAUCCAUGAUAUAUUCUUUAAAGGCGACCAGGCAACACCGCAAGAGCGGGAGGAUAAGGACGUCCAGCCUGCGGCUGAGUAGAGUGCAGGAGGACGGUGCUGAGUGGAGGAUCUGGAGAGGAACGACGGCAGUGCAGAGAGACCCUACCUGAUGCCUGACAAUCUGCUCAAAGUUCUGAAGAAAAAGAACAAGACGGAGAGCGAGUAGUAGUGCUCCCCCAAGUGGCGUGAAGGUGUCGCUGAAGUGAAGUGGAGGAUGACUGGAGCAGGUCUGCUGAACAUCUCAGUUAAGCUAGUCUUUCCAUAACUGCCAUAUAAACUGUAUAUAAAGAAGUAUAAGAACAAUUUUUGACCUCAAACUCAAAAACUGAUCAGGACCAGAAGAUAUAUGGAGUUUUAAUCAGAAGAAAGAACAUAUAUCACACUUCUAUGCAACUCGAAGAAGACUGGACACUGUUCUCUACGUGUAUCCGUGUAUCACAUUUACACAGUUUUAUAUAACAUGAAUGAUAUGUGACUGGGGUAUGACAUCACACCAAAGGCAUUUUUAUUUUUGUAUUUUUUAUUUUUUUAAAUAAUUUGUGACUUUUGUGUCUAGCAAAAAAAACUGAAGUCCGUUACAUAACAAAGGUUUAAAGUCAGCUGUAAGCACUACUAGCAUUCUAUUAGCAUGAAUAUUGCUCAGUUUGAAAUACAGUAUCCGCUUUGGAAUUCCAGUCCAUAUUUAUAGAAAAAACUGUUAUGCUUUGUGAUUUGUUGUCUUGUUAUUACAUUAUGUGAAGCCAAUCUCAAAUGUGCCUUAUCCCAUCUCAAUAGCUAAAGAACACAAGUUUUUUUUGUCUUUCCAAAUAUGUGUGCAAUGUUUUUAGAUUUUCUUUACUUUUACAAUCUGCCAAAAGACACACAAUUUUAAGUGAGUUAACCCUUUAUUUGGAGUUGGUGCUUAAAAGGUUAAUAUGGAAAGUAUGGAGUAUGCCCUCAAAUACUUUCAUGUGUUUUAGUUUUGUUUCUGCUUGGAGCGUUGAUAUGUAUUUAUGGUUCAGUUUGGAAGAGAAAUAAAGAUGGAAAACAUUUGUACUGACA